GAUCAUUUGGGAGUCAUUGGCACGUAGACGGUGUUUAAAGUCAUGAGACUGGAUGAGAUCACCAAGGGAGUGAAUGUAGUUGGAAAAUAGUUUCCUCCAAUAUUCAGAAUUUGAGGAAACUAGGAAAAGCAGCAAACCAGAUGGAGAAGGAAGGCCAAAAAGAUAAGUAGAAAGCUGGCAGACCAUGAGCUCCUUGAGGGCAGGGACUGAAUGGUUACUAUGUCCCCAGGGCCCAGCAUGACCUUCUCCUGGAUUCCUCAUCUUCCUUCUGUGACCUGUGUCUCCAUCAGUUUCUCCUCUGGCAUCUUUUUCUUACAGGAUUCUUACCUCAGGAAUAGAUGGACAUGGCCUGGCAGAUGAUGCAGCUGCUGCUUCUGGCUUUGGUGACUGCUGCGGGGAGUGCCCAGCCCAGGAGUGCGCGGGCCGGGACGGACCUGCUCAAUGUCUGCAUGAACGCCAAGCACCACAAGACACAGCCCAGCCCCGAGGACGAGCUGUAUGGCCAGGUGGGAGCUCCUCAAGGGCCCUCCCCAGGAAGUGUUCCUCUGGAUGACCUACCUGGGGCAGAGGAGCCAGAAUAUGGAGGAGAUGGCUGUGGUGGGCAGAGACUUGGUCCUGUGUCUUCCCCACCCAGUGCAGUCCCUGGAAGAAGAAUGCCUGCUGCACGGCCAGCACCAGCCAGGAGCUGCACAAGGACACCUCCCGCCUGUACAACUUUAACUGGGAUCACUGUGGUCAACCAGAGCUGGCGCAAAGAGCGCAUUCUGAACGUGCCCCUAUGCAAAGAGGACUGUGAGCGCUGGUGGGAGGACUGUCGCACCUCCUACACCUGCAAAAGCAACUGGCACAAAGGCUGGAAUUGGACCUCAGGGAUUAAUGAGUGUCCAGCCGGGGCCCUCUGCAGCACCUUUGAGUCCUACUUCCCCACUCCAGCUGCCCUUUGUGAAGGCCUCUGGAGCCACUCCUUCAAGGUCAGCAACUAUAGUCGAGGGAGUGGCCGCUGCAUCCAGAUGUGGUUUGACUCAGCCCAGGGCAACCCCAAUGAGGAGGUGGCCAAGUUCUAUGCUGAGGCCAUGAAUGCUGGGGCCCCGUCUCAUGGGAUUAUUGGUUCCUGAUCCAAGAAGGGUCCUCUGGGGUUCUUCCGACAACCUAUUCUAAUAGACAAAUCCACAUGUG